GGCUUUAAGGAUUCCGACCUAGCCAAGCUAGCUAACUAGUAGACAGCUUUAGUAUUAUUCACCAACAGCAAGUUACAAGAGUCAAACAUUAUCCAGUGUCAUUUUAUGUUUCUGGUUACAAAAUCAGAGAGUAGUUUGAAAUCAGUACUGGUCAGCUGUUUGACGAGAAUAAUCUCGCUACAGCUUUACCUUCUAGGCUUCUAACGUUAAGUGACGAGCUUAGCAAUUAAUAUACUUUUUACCAUUGACUUGGAUGGCAUGUUGAUCAUACUUCAUGUUGAUGAUUCUUUAAAUAGACUGCAUUCAGACCACUACUGGCAUGUUAUCGUACACGUAUGUUUAUCUACCUUGUUGGAAGUUUCUUAUCUCAGACGGAGUAAAUGCGAGGUCCUUGGUGAGGAGUCUGGUGAACAGAAUGGAGGGCUCAGGGAAGGAGGAGUACAAGAUCCAGUCUUUUGACAUGGAAACUCAGAAGCUACUUAAGACAGCCCUUAAAGAUCCCAGUGCGGUAGAUCUGGAGAAAGUAUCAAGUGUUAUCGUAGAUCAGUCUCUAAAGGAUCAGGUUUUCAGCAAAGAAGCGGGGCGGAUCUGCUACACCAUUGUGCAGGCAGAGGCCAAGCAGAAUAAUGGCAGCGUGUUCCGUCGUAAUCUCCUCAACCGCCUUCAGCAGGAGUUCAAAGGUCGAGAGGAGAUGCGCAAGCGCUCUCUGCAGGAGUGGGUGUGUUAUGUAUCCUUCAUCUGCAACGUGUUUGACUACCUCAAGGUGAAUAAUAUGCCCAUGAUGGCUUUGGUGCAUCCCGUUUAUGACUGCCUGUUCCGGCUCACCCAGCCUGACUCUCUCAGGAACGAGGAAGAGGUGGACUGCUUGGUGCUCGCACUGCACCGCAUCGGGGAGCAGCUGGAGAGGAUGAGCUUGCAGCGCAUGGACGAGCUCUUCUGCCAGCUGAGGGACGGCUUCCUGCUGCAGGAAAAUCUCACCUCCCUGGGCCGCCUGCUGCUGCUGGAGGUGCUGGAGUUCCGGGCGGGUGGCUGGACCCUCAGUGACACGGCACAGAAGUACUACUACAGCGAGGUGGCCGACUGAGGGCAUGGUGUGGGAGGAGAGGUGAGCGAUGUAGGCGACGCAUAAGGUACAUUGGAGGGGGGGGUACCAUAGAUGAGAUGUUUACAAGGACAGUAUGUUGCAGAUGAGGGACUUGUGCAGGUUGGAGUGUUUAAGGGUCGAAGGUAGUGCUGCAGUUGAAGAUGUUUAACAAGUUUGAUUUGGCUUUUAAAAAGCUGGCAGUGUAUGCUUACUUAUAGAGGUAAUAUGGGUUCUGGUAACUCAGACAUGAAAGAUAUGGAUAGUAGUGUAUUUAAUUUUUUAUUUUGCUUAUGCACUAUGCCAUUUGCACCUAUAUAAUUUAACAUACCGUACUCAUUUGAAGUCUGAGGUAAUAACAAACAAACUAAUUCAGACAUAAAACUGUUUUGGAGGACAAAGUUAAGGAGAUGUUUUCCAUGACAAAGAAAGGCAUUUUAGUGAGAGCACCCGAGCUCAUCUACAGCUACAAUAUGGAAACAGAAGUUACCCUGAACAACUUAACAGUGGAACAUGUGUUCAAACUAAACACUGCUCAGCUUUUACUACUGACUGUUAACUUCAGUUAGCUCUAUAUAGUAUUAUAUAUCAUUUCUGUGUUUGUUAAAUAGGACAAUUACCUCUGGUGCUAAACCGUUUUGAUGCUUUAAGGAACGAUUUGCCAAAUAUUCAAAUUUCCCAUUACUAUCCGUGAAUAAGAUUGUCAUAGGAAAUGGAAUUCAUCACAAUACUAUGUUAUCUCAAUGUACACUGCAACACAAAGACUGUUAGGACCCAUCACUGUACUUGCACCUAACGUAUGAUCAGACAAGCUAGUAGUAAGUAAUUUUCGCUGGAAUUUUAGCAAUAUUUACCCUCAAACCCUUACCUAUUGCAGCUUUAAAAUAAUGUUUACAUAUGCAGUAUAUUUAUUUAAAGACAUGGGAACAUGAAGUUCAUGUAAACACACCAUACAAACAGUCAACAAAUCAACAAGAGCUGUCAGACUGGGGUAUAAUCAGCAAUAGUUUUAGAAUAUUGUUGCUGUGCCUUUCAAUCUUGCAAUUAUGGCAUUCUAUAGUAGUUCUGGAGUCUGGAGGGUUAUCUCCUUGGAUUUUGUAAACAUAUAGCAUAUAUUUGACUUGUGAGGUAGUGUUGUAGCAUUGUUCUGCUUCCCUUAAAGAAGAUUCUAUUUUGUUAUAAAAACCUCAACAAAGCUCAAACUAAUUAUGAACUUAAAAGUAUGAGGAAUUUGUUAUUUUGUAUCUUUCCAAAGACUUAUUGAACUGGUUGACACACACAGUACUUAAUAUGUCAACUGCAGAAGCUAUUCUUUGUACAUUCAUAAGCAGAUUCCAUUUGUGUUAUAACACAUGGACUCACUAUUUUUAAAUGUUACAUGAUUGCUGCUUUGUUGGAAUAUGUAGAAGGAAUACAUUUGUCACAAGUUUUCAUAUGGGGUGUUUUGUAUAUUUCUACAAAUUUCUACAAAAAGUCUGUUCACUUUUCUUAAGCGGUUGACUGAAUCCUUUGAACAAUGCUGGCUUCAAUAAAAAUAUGAUAUGAGGUGAAUU